UGAGAGUAGAUACGUAUAAUACAUACGUCUCUGCUGAGAGGGCCUCCCCGUUGUAAGAGCUGGGCAACAACCCUUAUUUCUUUGUUCAAUAUUAUAAGUUACAAAGCCAGAAACACUGGUUCACACACUCAUUAAUUAUUGAUGUGAUCGAAGGGAGGUAACUCGCACUUGAAUUGGGCGGAUAAGUGACAAAACAAAUAUGGCGGACGAGGAAGGACGGAAAACAUUCUGACCCCAAAAAUGGCUCAUUUUGGAAAAGACAUUGAUCAUUUCAGUUCGUCAAGAACUGUGAGGAUCAAAGGAUCUGAAUUCGUGGACAAUCACACGGUUUACACUGUAGAAGUAUCUGUUGGAUCCUACACUUGGAUGGUUAAACACAGAUACAAUGACUUCCUUAUACUACAUGAGAAGCUGGUUUCAAUAUGCAAGAUAGACAAAACCUUGUUGCCACCAAAGAAGCUAUUUGGAAACCAAAGCGAGGGGUUUAUAAAGAAGCGCCAGGCAGAGCUAGAAGCUUACCUACAGACAGUAUUGUACUAUAUGGCUCACAAAGUACCUCCAGUCCUAGCCAGCUUCCUGGAGUUCAGCAGAUAUGAAAUCCAUGGGAUUACACAGGGUAUGGCUGAAGAUCUGUACAACAGAGGGGACACCCUGCUCCAGGCUAGGGAGAUGUACGAAGUGACCCCACUACAGCUCUUCUCUCUCACAGAACGUCUCAAACUGCCCGAGCCCACCUGUGAUAGUGGUGACGUGAAAAAAGAUAUAGGACACAUACUGGACUUCAUCACGAGAGUCAAAUAUUUAAAGGUGGUUGGCAGUACAGAUCCUGUGGGUUCCAGCAAUAUUGACAUGUCACAGCUUAAGUUUGACCUUUCACUGUUCAAGUCCCUCCAGUACCUGGAGGUAUCAUUCAGUAUUGCUCUUCAGAUCUCAGGAAUUGAAACCAUCAAACAGACAAUGGACAGAAUAUCUCUUCAUUACUGUGUCAGCAAAAUCAGGGACAUCCUGCUACAAGACCUGCCCCAGUGGAAGGCAGAUGAUGGCACCCUGCUGGUAUCCUACUGGGACAAGCUCACAGAGGCCGACUUCAGCCACAACACCAUCACAGACAUAGAUGAUAGUGUGCAACUGAUGCCACGAGUUGAGGUCCUGAAUCUUGGUCACAAUCACAUCAAGAGUAUCCAGCACCUCAAUUGGUUGAGUCGACUGACGUUCCUUGAUCUCUCAUAUAACACAUUUAGAUCUUUGGAUGCCCUACAUACCAAAAUUGGUAACCUAAAGACUCUGAUCCUGGCUGGCAACAAACUAGACAGUCUACAAGGACUGUCAAAGUUGUUUUCAUUAGAAAAUCUUGAUGUCAGUCAUAACGAGAUAUCACAGAUGACAGAGGUGCUACAUGUGUGUAAAUUGCCCUGUCUAGAGGAACUUCACAUGAACAACAAUCCAGUGACUACAGUACUGGACUACCGGACUAAAGUCCUCUCCAUGUUCAUGGACCGGGCAUCAGAGGUACUUCUGGACGACCACAAGCCCAGUCAGCAGGAGCUGGACACAGUGGCUGUCCUACAGGCUAUACAGAAGUCUAAGGAAAACAAGGACAAGUCCCGGAAACCCAUUACAAGGAAGUCCAUCAGCGACGACCGCCCCUCAGGAUCUCCUGUAUUACCUGACCUGUAUGAAGAGCAGGCAUCCCCCCAGGCCAGUUCUACAGGCGUAGAGGGUAUCCAGGGGGAUGCUAGCCCAGUCCCUUCACAGAGACAGAACUCCGAAGGGGAUCUCUCCCUCACCUCCUCAGGGAGCUGGUCACAAAGUCUAGUGUUCCUUCAGCAGACAGGCCCAGACUCAAAGGCCCCGGUGGAGACUGCAGGCAACAGGAGUUAUGACGAGAAGCUGGAGGCUGACCACACUGUGCUAUCACAAAAAUCAAAAACGGAAGUGAAGGAGAGAAGGCGUAGUAGAGGACAUUCAAAUGAAAAUUUGCCUGUCAUCACCUAUGUCAACAUUGCAAAAUUACCCAACCACAGAAAUGCCGAGUUUGUGGCCUGGCUUCAGACUCGGUUAUUCGGUUCUAACUCGGAGGACCAAGCGAUUGAACAGCUGGUGAAUGUGAUGUGGUGUAAUGUUGUCCAGUUUUCACGGCAGGAGGACAAUAUUCCCUGCUGUGCUGUGCUAACAGAGCGUCGCCUCUUCCUCCUUCGUCUCAAGCAUGGCAGUUGUGGCUUCAGCGGAGUACCAGAUCUUGAGACAUUCUAUAUCAUGCCCCUUAAUAAUGUGCAACAAGCUCUGGUUGGUCCUUGCUACUGCUUUAUUAGACUUGAAGAGUCAUUUGUUGGCCCAAGUGGAACAUUUGUCCUUGAGGCUGCCGAUUCUGACAUAGGAAAAGCUUUCACAGAUGAUUUACAGGUCAAACUGCAUUUGUCUGAUUUGGGUAGUAUUGAUAUCGUUAACUGUUCUCAAAAUUCUGAUAUGUCAAAACAAGUUUUUUCCCAGGAGGAUGACGAAGGACUUUGCACUGGACGUGUAGUGGUAUCGGCAGUUGUCUCCAUCAGUGGUUCCGAAGAAUUUGCAUUAUUACUUCUUUCAGAAAAUAAGGUGUAUCUCAUUCAACGUGACUGCUUGUUUUGGCCUAGACCAACAUUCAUUGAUAAACUAGAAGACAUCAAAUUAAAACCUCAUUUCACUUAUUUACAGCAACAUUCGGUAAUGACGAAUAUUAGUGAUAUAAAUAUUGGUGCAAAUGUUCACAGGACGCGAAAGCAUCGUCGAACGUCGUCCUUUCAGAGCAAAAAUCUUCUAGUCCUCUUUGAACCAUUCGACGUAUCAAUGGUUUUUCAUGAACUGAUAGGUGCAGUCGGGUUUCAGGUAUGCUUCUUAUCGCAGAAGGCAAGAGACAGUUUCUUAGAUCAGCUCACAAUCCUGCGAUCAGAGCACACUCAUAGAAUGUCGCCAACUAUCCGAGAGGAGCCGGAAGGUGGAAAUGAGUCAUCUGACAGCUUAGAUGCUUCAACUGAUGCUACUGGCAAACCGAAGAUGCAAGAGCAGACCACUGGAUUUGAAUCAUCUGGGGAAGACUCGCAAAAUGCAGAGGUUGAGGUUAGACAUGUUCGAUCAAAGACUAUCGCCAAUAUGACUUUGAAUACAAAGACUGCAAUGACUCCCCACAUGUCAAGAAAGUUUGAUCUGAACUACCUUACACCUGAACUGCAGACACAACUUGAAUCGUGUAUCCGCUCUCACACUCUAGUGAAAACUCUCUCACCGAAAUUACAACUUAUGAUGGAAAUGAAAGGUGAGGAACUGGCUCAGUUCUUCCACAGCGAUAUUGCACUAAUAAGCACCGAAUCUGAACAGCUACAUUAUGUACUGUGGGUUGUGGUGGUGCCAUACAAGGAUCCGCACCAGGAGAUCAUCAGCUGUGUGAUGAUGAGCUCGCGAGCGAUGUACUUUGUAUCUGAUAGAGUUGUCAAGUCACCAUUGGUUGAACGUCAGGCCUGGAUGACGCACGCCAGACACAAGUCUGAUUCUUUGAUAGGCUUACAGAGGAAGCAAGUUGACAAACACCACAGUUCGGGUAUCCUCCACAGUAGUCAGAAAGACAGUACAAUCAUACGGUGUUAUCACGUGUUCCACUACUCUGAACUGCGACAGGUUAAUGUCGGCCUCUUUGACCAAUGUGUUCGUUUGACUGGAAAUGACUCUAACUCGACUUACACACUCCUGUGUAUGGACGGCCUCAUUACAGAAAAGUUCAUGCGGCAGCUCACCACAAUGCUAUCCAUCUUUGCAUCAUCACCGAUGAUAGAUCGAAGCCCAGCUGAUGUUGAACAAGAUUUCUACCGGGCCUUUAACAAGAGGACUAAGACCACACUUGAAGGCAUGGAGUAUUUACAUCCCAGUAAAGUUCCAUUCAUUUAUCCAGGCGAGGAUACUAUGUCUGACCUUUUGUAUAUCAUUACUGAACGUCUUCAAUUGCCGCCCCUGUCUCGAAGGAAGGCAGAUAUACUCAUGUACAUACUUUGCUAUGUCGCUACGUCUGAAAGUCAUUGUGGUGCAAUUGAGAGUAUGGAAUCACGAAGUCUUGUCCUGACCAACGAUUACAUUUGUCUGAUCCAUGAAGACGUGGCCAGUUAUCCUCUACCGGACUUCGCCAGGGGAUUGCCCAACACAGCUAGGUAUCAUAUCACCGACAUCCGCAAAGUAGAUUCUUUAAAGAGAGUUCUGUUCUUUCGCGAUAACUCCCAGAAGCUGACACUCAUCUUUUCUGAUGAAGCAGAGGAAAUUGUGGUCGACACCUCUGUUGAACAUUUCAGUGCAGAUGAGAAGACGUGCGGGAGACCGUCACUUCCGGAGGUGGGCCUGACUGUUCUUGUUCAGUGUGACAGAGACAUAAAUAAAGUUAUGCUACUGCUAAAGAACCAAUGGAGGGAUCUACACGGAGAUGAACUGGAAAUACACAUACUAUAAAUAGCUUUUUUAUUGUGAGGGAUAUUUUAGGUCUAUCAAAUUAAUUCCUAGCUAGCUAUUCAUGAGAUAACAUAUUGUUAGGAGUAAUGAAUAAAUAAAAUUGAUCUUAUGGAGUAAAAGUUUGGGGAAUUUAAAAACUAUAAUGGAUUUACCAGAAAUUAACUGAAAAUUCAAAAAUAUAAAAAAAAAAACACCGCUGUGGUUGUGAACAUAUUAUGGAAGCGUUAUAUUAAUGUAUGUUUUGGAAAAGCAUAAACAUUAUUUAGCCAACUAUAACCUUCGCAUAUUUUUUACGGGCGCUUAUCAGAUGAGAAAAUCAUCCUUCUAAAGGUCAUAAGGGUAGUAAAAUGUGAAAGUAUUUAUUAUCAUCUUAGAUGGACAUUUUUUUCGGGGAAAAAUCCAUUAUCUACGGUAGUCGGAUGAGCUCCGUGUUACCUUUUAGGAUGUAGACAAUUGCUAUCACGUGCUGAUAAUGAGAUGGAGGAUAUUAGUUGUCAUCUAUGUCUGUCAUUUGAUGGAACAUUACAUUGACACAAGAAAACGUUUCACAACGUUUAUCACAUUCCCUUCGGUUAUCAACCGACACAUCUUGUGUUCACAGUGUUUUCUUGUCAUAUUUUAUUGGAAGCGUAAAUUGAAUGUUGUACAAACUGAUUUGCAUAAUGUGACGAUGAUAGGAAGGUUGUAACAACUAUAAACUGCAGUUUGUGUUAUUUUAUUGGAUGACGAUGCUGUUUUUUGUCGUCACUGAAUAUAGCUAUUCACAGUGUUCAGUGAUUAUGUCGCAAAUACGUAACAAGAUAUAGGUUGUUAAGCAACUACAACAUUUGGAAUGUCCUAAAUGAAUUAUCUAUCGCCAGCGGGUAUGCGAUACUCUGUGAAAUCGACAACUGAUCUGCAAGACUUUCUACUAUGUGUACACUUUUAUCCUAUUGUGGGCGUCUGACUCCUCAAACAAAUGCCGGCAUACUGUUAUAACAUGAUGUAAUGAUUUACUUUUAUGAUUAGAAAGUGGGAUAUGUUAAAUUAUCUAAAUUACUUCAGGUAUUAUUCUAUUACGAGUUUUAUUUAUUCUAGACACGACUCAAGCAGUACAUCGCUCCUGUAUGGGACAAACAAAUAAGAACUGCCUCUUUAGUUUUUCUUUUUGAUUUAUUUAUCCCUUUGCUUUAUAUUUUGUAUUUCUAGCUAUUCCCAACACUCUUUUUAUUUACACACGACAUUAUCUUACUUUAAAUACGACCAAGUUUAUAUGUUCCCAGCCAGCCAUUAGUCUCAUUUGGAUUGUCACUCUAGAGAUUGUUUCACACGAGAUAUUCCUGGGUAGUUUAUUUCGCAGUAACACGAUUACGGACUGUUUCUUUGAUGUAAACUGUUUUAGAAUAGUAUUGCGUUUGCUGUCAAAGAAGCUAAUAUCAUGUAUCUACAUUAGCUCUGCCCUCUCACUUGACUUUGAGACCGAAGCUCUGCUAUGAGGAUCAUUGCGUCAUUACAAAUGUGACGUCAUAGUAAUUACGUUGAGAAAAGCUUGCAUAUAAUGACUGUUGGGUGUUCGAUUUGUUGAAAAUCAACCAUCGAUUUUGAAAAGAAUUUGAAUCUUUUAUGUCAUUUUUUUGUUAAGAUCAAUGGAAAAUAUAGAUCUUGUGUAAAUUAUUGCUGUUUUAAUAUUCGCAGUUCGACUACAACAACGUAAAGCGCGAAUUCAAAUACAUUGUUUCAGUAACUUUAUGCAAUGGUUUCUUCAGGGACCAGGAAGUAAUGCCAACAGUGUAGAUAAUAAAAAGAUCGUCAAAGAUUGCUAUCGGCUCCUUUAUCGAGACAGAAGAACAAAAAAGAAAUAUAAUAGAAUAUAACUAAUGUUCAAAUACAAUAUCCCCCCGGAUAGCGUGAGACCAGUGGAACAAUGGUAUAUACAGCUAUAUUGAUAUAGAAUCAGUCUCACAAGUUGUUUGCUAUUUUCUUCCGAUCUUGUUGACUAAGUGGACAUUACAACAUUGUAAGUUGUCCGAUAGUUGCACACACUGUAAAUCGUAUUUGCUGUUGUUGGAAUGAAACAAAUAUUGUAAUCUGUUGAUCUGGGAACCUAUUGUCGUGUAGUUUGUACCUGAUUUGCCAUCUGUCUUAUAUAUGUGAGAUGACCGAUAGUUUAAGUCGUUAGAGUUGUUCAUUGAAGUUAUAUUCGGACGUCAAUCAUGUUGUCUUGCUUUUUUUCUGCUAUUGUCUUUCCAAAAUACGAACUGCAAAUCGUUUCGAAAUGAGGCCAAACUAUUUGUACUUGGCGGAGAUUUUUCGACAUUGUGUGGCGCAUUAAGUUUUUCCUUAACAUACGAUCUAUGACAUUUGGCAGACCAGUUUAUUUUUUCUUUAACCAGUUUUCAUUUCGUCUUUGUCAUUAGAGAGCCAAUAUUUCGUUUUUACACAAAUGAUUUACUGUAAAAAAGGAAAUCUCUAUUUUUCAGUACUCUGUGGAACAAAUAUCUGAACAGCUUGCCAUCAGUAGAUAUACUCUCAAAUAUUGAAUAUUACAUUUUAUGCUUCUUACCUUUUUUUGUAGAUAGAUCUGUCCCAUGAAUUGAUACCGACCAUUUUCAAAAAUUCAAAUAUGCAAUCGCAAAAAAGCUGUUCAACUAAUAUCUGUCAUCAAAAUUUGUUACUUUAUUUAAUAUUUAUAUGACUAGGCAUUACGCAAUCCUACUUGUUCCUAUUGGUCAGACAUACUUAAACCGGUGUCUCUUAUUUUUUGUAAGUGUAUGUUAUGUUUAUGUUUUAUGGUUGUGUUGACCAUAAUGUGAAGCCAGUAUAUGCUUCUGUAAAUUCUGUGAUGGAGGAACUUUGUCUGUCGAACCAAUGCAUUUUAGUUUCGUCAGGUUUUAUAUACUUUCUUCCUAGUUGAAGAAAGCAAACUACGGACAUAGCAUCCAGAGGUUCUGUCUUUCCCAAAACAACAAACUGGUCGAUUUGGAAAUUUGGAUUUAGAUGUAUCACGUUCGCUUAUCAUAUGCUAUCAUUAGAUGCAUGCUUUUCUAAUAAUUAUAACCGAUUCAAGUGAUUAAUCUUGAAGCCUGUGACUAAGUUAAGUUGCAGAAAUACGUUUGAGUAAGCCAUGUGCUGUUAUAUUCUGUAAUAGGAAAGUCACGUUUGUCUUGGUUGAAAAUUGACAGCGUUUGCAUCAGAAAUAUAGUUUUAUUUAACGCAAUCUUCUUCUAUCAAGUUAUUGAAUUUCGCAACGGAUUUAGUUUAAGCCCACCAUCAUCUGAUGGUAGGCUAUUCAAAUCGUCCGUGGUCCGUCCGUCCGUCAGUCGUCAGUCGUCCGUCGUCCCUCCUUAAACAAUUCUUGUUUAUCGUUAUUUUUCAGGAAGUACCAGAGGGAUCUUUCUCAAAUUUUAUAUAUAGGUGC